UGGUGUUGCAGUGAUCAUUCAGAAAUCAGACGCAAGGAUUUUCUCCUACAUAAGCCUGGAUUUUUAAGCAACACCAACACAUUCCUGACCUUUAGAGAAAGCUCAGAUUGAGGUCCAAAGAGAAGGUGAACUGAUUGUUUGAGAACCAGGGAGGAAAAUGAUAAAACAGGUGUUGAUUUCGAUUGUGUUUGGUGCUGCUGUACUGACCGUAGGUAUUCUAAUCGGUCACUUUGGUAUCACAAAGAGUGGCAGCUCGGCCCCAUCCUGGGUAAAGGAUGUGGCGAAAGAUGUGGACGAGGACUUCGUUGAGAAAUUCAUGUCAACUGUGGACAACAUCCAGAUUCAGGAGAACCUAAGGGAGUUAACAAAAGUGCCCCAUAUGGCCACCACAGCUGGAGACGAGGAGACAGUGAACUUGAUGCUAAAGAGAUGGCAAGACCCCUCAACCGGCCUGGACCAGGCAUGGAGAGAGGAGUACCUAGUCCACCUGUCUUUCCCUGACCCUAAGAAUCCCAACAAGGUCACUGUAGUGAGCCCCUCUGAUACUGUGCUGCAUACUGCCAGAGAAAAAGAGAAGCGCUAUACACCAGACCAAGAUGAUCCUGAGGUGGUUCAGCCAUACGCUGCAUACUCCCCUCCUGGACACCCAGAGGGGAAACUGGUGUAUGCCAACCAGGGAAAACCAAGCGACUACCGAAAGCUGAACGAGACCAUGGACCUCAGGGGAACCAUCGCGAUCACCAGAUAUGGUGGAGCAGGGAGAGCUGCUAAAGCCAUCAAUGCAGCACCCUACGGUGUCAUUGGUGUGCUUGUCUACACAGAGCCUUUGGACAUCAAUGAUGGCCUCAUGUCAGACGUCAAUGAGACGUAUCCUCAUUCCUGGUACUUACCGCCCUCUGGUGUGGAGAGAGGUUCCUUCAACACUCACUAUGGAGACAUGCGCACACCCUACCUGGCUGCUAAAGAUGAAACUUACAGGAUUCCUGUUGAGGACAUUACAGGUAUCCCUCCUAUUCCAAUUCAACCAAUCGGAUUUGAGGACGCCUACAUACUAAUCUGUGCGUUAGGUGGAGAAGCGGCUCCAAGUGUAUGGCAGGGAGCAUUCAACUGUACCUACAACUUUGGUGGCCCGGGGUUCAGAAAUACAUCUGCUUUCAACAACAGUGAUGUGAGACUGGACAUCUUCAACAAUAACGUGUUGAAGAACUCCUCCAAUGUGAUGGGAAUUAUUAGAGGAAGUGUUGAGCCAGACAGGUAUGUGAUCUAUGGGAACCAUAGGGACAGUUGGGUUCAUGGUGCCAUCGACCCGAGCAGUGGGACGUCUGUCAUGCUGGAAAUUACCAGAGUGCUGGGCCAGAUGGUCAAGCAGGGCCUUUGGAGGCCUCGCAGGUCCAUUAUUUUUGGAAGCUGGGGAGCGGAGGAGUUCGGCCUUAUUGGGUCCGCAGAAUACACAGAGCAAUACUUUGCCAAGCUCAGUGAACGAACCAUUGCUUACAUCAACGUGGAUAUAGCUGUCUUUGCAAACGCCACUCUUAGAGCUUCAGGGAUGCCAUCAGUACAAAACGUCAUCUUCAAAGCCACAAAACAGGUCAAAGCAGCUGGGCUGGACACAUCUGUGUACGACAACUGGAUCCAAUAUUUCAACAGGACGAGCCCAGCACAUGGAAUCAUUCCCAGGGUGGGAUACCUGACAGGAGCAGGGAGUGAUUAUGCUGCCUUUGUCCAUUACCUGGGAAUUACUUCCAUGGACAUUUCAUACACAUACGACAGGAGUAAAACAAAUGCUCGGAUUUACCCUGCAUACCACACAGCAUAUGACACCUUUGACUAUGCCUCAAAGUUCAUUGAUCCUGGGUUCGUCAGUCACCAGGCCAUUGCCAGGACAGCGGGAAAUGUUCUGAUUCGGUUGGCUGACAGUCUGGUGUUGCCAUUAAACUGCAGUGACUACGCUGAGAGUCUGGAGGACUACCUCAAAACAGCAGUGCAGCUAUAUCAGGAUAAACUGCAAACUCAGAAGAUCUCCAUGGAACCACUGAAACGUGCAGUAGCCAACUUUCGCAGUGCAGCUACCCAUUUGGACCAAGUUAUUCUGACUUCAGACCUGGUGAAUGAAACACCAAUGAAAAUCAGAAGGAUCAACGAUCAGCUCAUGCUGCUGGACCGAGCUUUCUUGGACCCUCUGGCCUUCCCAGAUAAAUAUGCAUACAGGCAUGUUAUCUGGGCUUCAAGUAGUGCAGGCAGGCAAACCUUCCCAGGUCUGGCUGAUGCCUACGCCAAUGCUGAGUUAACAGGUCAGCCCAGGGACUGGGACAAAGUGCACUACCACCUGUCAGUUCUGAGCCAGGCCAUCGAGGGUGCCGCCAACACACUGGUUGACGUCAUAUAAACGAGGUGGAGGAAGGAGAGAGGAACUACAUUCACACAGGGACUUUUUUUUUUAAAUAGACAGAGACCUACAACCAAUGAGCACUGAUCUGUUGGGCCAUGAUGGGACUAUUUAUAGAUAAUAUUAAGUGAGAUGAUUUAGAAAUCAAUGAACAGAGGCUGUCACCAAACAGUAACACAAGUUAUGUUUUCUAUCUUUGCCACGUGAUUAAAAUAUUUAAAUAUGA